AUGCCGUCAAGCACAAAUGCUAAAGAUGCCGUGUUUCCUCUUAAAGUGCUCAUCGUGGGCGCGGGAAUAGGCGGAUUGGCUGCCGCAAUUGCCCUGCGUCAACAAGGGCAUGAUGUAGAGAUGUUUGAACGAUCUCGAUUUGCCAACGAAAUCGGAGCUGCAAUCCAUCUAACCCCCAAUGCUACCGGUCUAUUGAGGAAAAUAGGAGUAAACCCCAGGGACUAUGGUGCUGUUCUAAGUGAACAGAUUCGAGACUACACUUCUGACGGGGAGCUUAAAUUCACUGGAAAUAUCACCCAGUUCGCUGAUACUUGGCAACAUGAAUGGUUUCUAAUCCACCGCGCUCACCUACACCAAGCAUUAAAGGAUAAGGCAGGGGCUGAUGGUAGAGGAAGACCCGUGGUUCUCCAUACUUCUAGUCAGGUGGCAAGUGUGGAUCCAUCUUCAGCCACCGUGACCCUUGAAAAUGGGCAAUCCUUCACAGGUGACGUGGUGAUCGGUGCAGAUGGGGUCCAUUCUGCUGCUCGUCAUGCUAUCUUAGACCGGGAUGUAAAGACAUUCAGUUCGGGAAAGAACGCUUUCCGGUUCAUGGUGUCCCGCCAGGAAGUACUGAAUGACCCCGAAACUGCCUGCAUCGCAAAGGAUCUCGGAAGUGUGGAUAUGUGGCAUAGCGCGGACAGCAAAGUUGUUAUAUACCCCUGCGUGAACAACGAGACUUUGAACUUCGUCUGUAUCCACCCAGAUAACCUAACGAACAUUGGCGUCGCCAACGGCUGGGACCAGGCAGUGGGCAAGGAGACCCUAUUGGACGUUUACAACCACUUUGAAGACCGUGUCCGAAAGGUAUUGAACAAAGCACAAGCAGACACACUGAAAAUCUGGCCCCUUCUGGAUAUGGAGACUCUUCCCACCUGGGUCAACGAUCGUUUGGCAAUUAUGGGGGACGCCGCACACCCAUUCCUACCGUACCGAGCUUCUGGGGGUGCCAUGGCUAUUGAGGAUGGCAUAUCGUUGGCCAUCAUGCUUUCCGGGGGUGUAAAAAAGGAAGAGAUUCCGGAGCGGUUGAAACUUUAUGAAAAGGCCCGCCACGAACGGGUUACCAUCAUACAAGAAUUCACUCGCGAGUCCGGCAGGAGGCACUUGCCCAUGCAGGAAGCUAUGAGCAUCAUGUCAUAUAUCUAUGACUAUGAUGAAUGGGAUAACUCGACCGAGCUUCUACGACGGCAUGUGUGGGCCCAGAACCCCCAUGUAUACUAUCGCCAACCAACCGCGUUCGGCCCUAUGCCUGGCCCCCGUCAGGACUUCAGAGGGCACAGCAGAGCAGCGGCAUCAGCCAAUGCGACCUUCCGUACCGCGUCCAUCCGCUUCAAAACAAGCCGAACACUUCUGAAGAAUCUGUUGCCCAAUAACUCCUAUAAUUUCUUGGGUAAUGGUAGUAUUGCUCAGGCCACGCUUUCGCAGACUACCCUUGACGGACUGGACUGGCUGGCUGGGGGGGGAUACAACCACCUCGGUCUAUACAUUCAUGGAGUCCAGUAUACAAACGCAGAUGGUCAAGUGACUGAAGGAUCAUAUUUGCCAGUUUUGUUCGAGGACCUGGCAGAUCCAAUCAUCUCAGGACGCGAGGAGCUAGGGUUCCCCAAACUUUUCAGUACAAUUGACAUCCAAAAGCGCGAUGAAUCCUACCAUGUAACGGCUGCCUGGCGCGGAGCGACCUGGGCUCGACUCACCCUCACAGGCUUGUGUGAAGCAGCGCCUGUUGCACCUUCUGAUACUUCGAGACUUCUAGUGCAUCGCUAUAUGCCGUGCGUUGGUAGCGAACUCAAAGGGACUCCUGAGGCCGAAUAUGCCGUCUUCGUAGACAGCGCAAAGGAGGCCGAGGCCAACCCUCCCAAAGUUAAGCACGUCUUCAAUGCGAAGUCUGCUUCCCUUGAAAUCGAUGGCUUGGACUGGUCCCAACUACCCACAUUGCAUCAUAUCGUGUCGCGGCUGGCGGAGGUUCCGGUAUAUGAGGUCGUAGAUGCAAGAUUGGUGGAAGGAGAGGGUGUGAUGGAUAUCUCGUCCGCUCGGAGGAUUUAA